CACAUGCUGCCUCGCCGCCCCCUGCUGCCCGGCCCCUCUCCUCCUCCUCCCCCUCUUCGUCUCCUCGCCCAUGUCCUCCUCUCAGCUCCUCCCCCUGGAUCGCCAGGAUCUCGCUGCCGACUCCAUGCUGCCGCUCCACGCACUCACCACCACCGCCACCGCACCCCCCCGCCACCUGCUCCUCCUCCUCCACCGUCGCCAUCACCCCUUCCAACACCUCACGCCGCUGCACCGCCCCGCACACCUGCCUCAUCCCUUGCUGUGACGCCUGCAGCAGGUGCUGCUGUGCUCCCCCCUCCCCCUCUCUCCACCCCUGCCUUCACCUGCCUGCACGCCCCCAUGUGCGCCCCUGCUGCUGCCGCGCCCACUGCCCCGCCAUGACGCUCGCCUUCGCCGCUCACUUGCACUCCUCCCCGCCCCUCCCGCCUCCCCUCGUCCCUUCCUCCUCCUCCUCCUCCAGCUCCUCCCCUCCACUGCGCGUAUCUGCUGCACCUGAGCUCUCUCUGCCGCCCCCACCUCGCCUCCCCUCACCUGCACGCCUCCCCUCACCUGCACGCCUCCCCUCGCCGCCCCCUCGCGCGCCUCUCCCCAUCCCCUCGCCUCCUCUCUCUGGCCUGCGCCGCCCCUCCCACGCACCACAACCUCCACUUCCUCUCUCAUUCGCUCCCCUUCCCCCUCCUCUCCUCGCACCACUUGCCGCCUCUGUCUCUGCUGCUGCCGCCUCACCCCUGCUGUGCCGCGUCCCCCCUGCCUCUCUCCUUCGCCCAUGCCUCUCUGCACCGCGCCACUGCCCUGCCCCACCUCAUUGCACCGCACACAGUCAGCCCUGCGCCCUGCUCCCUCCUCGCCGCCCCUCGCCUCCACCUCUCCAUCGUCGCUUCCCUCCCCCAUCUGCUCCUCUUCCUCUCCUUCCUCUCCUCUUCUCCCCCCUCUCCCUCCUCACAACUGCCUGCUACCUCGCCUUCCUCUCCCGCCACCUCGCCCUCCUCUCCCACAUCUUCCCCCCCCUCCUCCUCGCCCUCCUGCUCCUCUCCAGGCUCCACGUCAUCACCAUGCCUGCUGCUACCUGGCCCCAGCCCUCCCUCCUCCUCCACGCCAUGCUUCCUCCGUCGCUCCUUUCACCACAUAACGCCUUCUCCGAGCAUACCUCAGCCGAAUCUCCCCUGUCGCCCUCCUCCCCUCCGCGUCCUUCUCGCCCUCCCCUUCCACCCCCUCCACCGCCUCCCCUCCCCUUGUCUCCCCACUUGCCCACUCCGCGCUCGCCGCUGCACGCCUCUCGCUCGCCUUGCCCUCCGCGCUCCCCGCGCGCGCGCCCACCGCCAAGCCGCCCCCCAGUGCGCCUCUCGACCUGUGCCACCCUCGGCCCUUCCCCUCCCUCCCUCCUCCUCCUCCCCCUCGUCCUCCCCCUCCUCCUCCAGCGCCAUAUCAUCCAAUUCCCUCAGUUGCGCCAACUGCCGUCGCUCCGCCAUCUCCGCCAACUGCGCGGGCGUCAAGUCCGCAUCGCGCGCAGCCCCGUCGCCGCGGCUAACGGUUUCAUCGAAACCGCCGCCACCGCUGCUGGUGGCGACGUUGGGACGCGCAGCGCGACUAGGCGACCUGCUGGCGGCGUGAGGCGACCUGCGGCGCGGCUGUGGGUCCAUGCGGGUGUGCGGCUGGCGGCGAGGGAGCCGAGGGAACCCCUGCACGCUCGAGAUCCGGUUCGGACAGGGGAACUAGUACGCCCGCACGCAUGCACUCCUGCGCUGCACUGGCAACCCGUCACGUCCUCGCCCGCACUUGCUUGCUAUAGUGCUAACCGCCACGCGCACAUUCUCUCCGCCGUUUUCAACGCGGGUGUCCUCACCACGAUUCACGAAGCAGAUCGACCUGUCCGCCGCACGUCGCUGCCUGACCUGUCGCUGGGCUGUGUGUUCCGUGUGGACUCGUACGGCAGCGCCAUCUCACCCCAGCCUUUCUCGCCCGUGCGCGCGGUGCAGCGCGCGGUGCAGCGUGCGAUUAUCGUGGACCGCGAGGACGCGCAGCGGCAGUACCUGGAGCAGCGGUGCUGCACAGACGGGGGCACGUCUGUACAAGUCUCAAAGCUCUCUCCUUCCUCCCUGCCGCCCCUCCCCGUGCGUCCACCCCCGGUGCUCCCGUGCGCGUGGGCGCGGGGGCAGGUGGUGCAGGCGGCGGUGGCGGAGGUGUACAGUGAGGAGAGCGCGGAGGGCGCCCAUGCCCCGCACGCGCACAACGCGGUACUGGCAUACCUGAGCAGCACGCUCGACCCCGACGCUCGCCGUGCCCCCCAGCCUCGCCCACCACGCCCCUCGCUGCACCCGCGCGCGGCGCCCCCUCACACACGCUCUCGCACGCCCAGCCAGCAGGGGCUGGCAGGGCGGUUGGAGCAAUCGCGGCAGCACUGCUGGGAGUGGAGCCGGGGUGCCUGCAGCGUUUUUGCUGCCACGGCUGCUGCGGUGAGUCACAUGCCAUGGCGCAGUGGUGCCACGUUGUGUGUGGCUGCGUGGCAGAACAAGGCGUGCCAGACGAGGCUGCAGCAGCGCGUCAUCGAUGCAGUGGCGUCGUCUGCAGCCAACAUCAGGACCUUCAUUCAGUUGAGCCUCGGGGACGAUGCCUCCAACACUGACACUGACGCUGUCACGCGAGUGCGGGAGGAGGUGCGGAGGGUGCGGGAGAGGGAGGCUGCCAUCACGCGCCUGCUGCUGGCCACAGUCUACACACGAGCCACCCUGGCGCAGGAGCACGUGAGGGUGACAAACGACCUUCUUGCCGUGCUGCAGCUCAAGACACUCCAGCAGCACCCGCUGGUAACCACUCCUUUUUGCUCACUGCAACUACAGCACACCGCACCGAACCCUCUGGUACCAUGCGGUGGAGCAGCAGAUCCGAGCGGCCACGUACACGAGAGACACCGUGCUGGCACUGCAGCACACCAGGUGAGCCCAGUGCAGCACACCAGGAAGCACCUGUUGGCACGCAAGGCUGAAGUCAGCUUGGCACGAGAUCAAGCAGUCAGUUCUACGUCUUUGCUCCUGCCCUGCUACACUACUUUCUUACAUAUUCUAUCAUGUCACUCCACUGCAAUGCACUCGCCAUCCCGCUUCCCUCCUCCGGUUUUCCUCUCCUCUCUGCUCAUUCCAAUCGUACCCCCCCUUGCUUUCUACAUCUGCCCCUUCCCCGUCUACUCCCCCACCCUCUGCCCCUUUUCCCUCUGCUUCUUCCCCCUCUGCCCCUUCUCUCUCUGCCCCUUCCCCUCUGCCCCUUCCCAUCUGCCCCUUCUCCUCUGCCCCUUCCCUCCUCUGCCCCUUCCCUCCUCUGCCCCUCCCCAUCUGCCAGCGGGUGCGCCUGGAGCAGCUCACCUCCACCCCGAAAUCCUUGCUGUUGCACGUGAAUACAAUCGAACCAAGGAGGCGCUAUGCAUGCGUGACGACAUGCAGCUUGGCAGGUAUGGCAUGCACUCUUCUUGA